AAAAUGAGGAGGGCGUGAACUGUGCAGUAUCUCACUAGUAAAUAACCCCUGCAGCCUGUGCAUCAUUAUCUCGCUGACUCAGCGAUACACAGCACAACCUGCAGCACAGUUACGAAGCAUAAUCCGCAGCACAAUUACUAAGCAUCAGCACAUGCUAUAUGCUAUGCAGAUCACCUGACCGCAACGUCGUUCCCUCACCCGCGACAUCACCGUCAGUGGAGCGACAGCGACAGCGACAGCUGCAAGCACAAGCCGUGAGCCUUUCCCUGCCCAUUCGCAUUCGCAUCCACAUCCGCCCACCAUGGCCGGUCCCAGCAAGUCUUUGAUCCUCGACCCGGCCCUCCAGAAAUACUACGACCUCACCGCCAACCGGUACAAGUACUUCCGGUGGACGCCGCGCCAUGCCUGGUUCUCUUUCCUGUACAUGGCUCUGAUCCCGGGAGCGUUGGGCUAUGUGGCUUAUAACACCGAUGGCAAAUACGAUCUGCGCGGCAAGCGGAAGGGAGAUACCAUUGUGGAGUGGUAGAGGGGGCUGAUUUGACGAGUUUGAUGGAAUGGGGUGAUAGCAGGACAGAAGGAUGGGGGUUGUAUCUAUGAUACCGCGGUGCAAUUGAUUUCGUUUCGUUUUUAUCGGG